CCAUCGGUGGCCCUAGGCAGGGCCUGCUCAAGCUUUGCAAGGAGAUGGGCACCAAUGGCAACCUCCGCCCGUGCUUCUUCGCCUCCGAUCCCCUCAAGGCCAGCGUCUGCCGGGGCUGCAUCUGCUUCGGCGGGACGGAAGUUUGGUUUCACGAUAAGGCAGACGCUUUCGCUACUAGCCAGCUGUGGCGCAAGGCCAUGACCGAGACGUUU